ACGGCCCUGCGGGGGCGGGGGACGCCCCUGUGCCACGAGUGUCCCCCAGCGGUGCCCUCGCGUGGCUCCUGUCGCCGUGCCACAGCGUCCCCGGCGCAGCCCGGCCCCGCCUUUGCCCGUGCCCUUUGCAGCCGCUCCCGGCGCUGCCCCGUCCUCGGGGCGCCCGUUGGCACGGCCCAGCCCCGCGGUGCCAGGACGACCGACCCUGCGUGGCACAGCACCCCUCGGCCGCCGUGCGUGUCCCCGGACGGUGCCCUCCUGUGCCUGCUGUCCUGUGCCACGCGUGUCCCCGGACGGUGCCCUCCUGUGCCACCACCGUUCCCUGGGCUGCGUCCUGCCGGGUCCUGCCCGAUGCCGUGGGCUUCCUCCCCGCAGUGCCCUUCUCCCGCCAGCUAAUGGCCGAUGCUCCGCACUUCCCCAGCGGCACCCGCCCGGCGCAACCCACGUCCGUCACCGUGACCUUGGGGCCCCCCCCCCCGCCCCCGUCCGUGUCUGUUUGUCUUUCCAGUCCAGCUCAUCGCCGGCCCCGUCACCGGGUGUUGACUCUGCGCAUUCCUCCCCAGCCGGGGCCCGCCGCCGCCAGUCCCCAGCACGCUGCUGUCCCCGCUCCGGGGACGCCGUGCUGGGCUCCGGCUGCUGACAACUUUGGGGACUUCACGUGAGGAGCUCCGGCACCCAUCCUGUGCCUGCUGGCACAAUGGCAUCGGGCUGGUCCUGCUGGGUCCUCCUGCUGCUCCUGCUCGCCCCGGCCCACGCCGGGGGGCCUGGCCCCGUCCUUGUCGACCGCCCCUUCGUCACCGUCUGGAACAUCCCCACCGAGCGCUGCGCCAAGAAGUACAAUGUCACCCUCAACCUGGAGGUCUUCGAUGUGUUGGCCAACGACCAGCAGUCCUUCAUCGGGCAGGACAUCACCCUCUUCUACAGCAAGGAGCUGGGGCUCCUCCCCUACUACACAUCUGAUGGGGUGCCAGUGAACGGGGGGCUCCCCCAAAAUGCCAGCCUGCAGGCCCACCUCCACCAGGCCGCCCGGGACAUCGAGGUCACCCUGCCCAGCCCUGCCUACGGCGGGCUGGCCGUCAUCGACUGGGAGAAGUGGCGCCCGCUGUGGAUCCGCAACUGGGCCUCCAUGGACAUCUACCAGCAGAAGUCGGAGGAGCUGGUGCGGCAGCAGCACCCGCAGUGGCCCCCCAAGCUGGUGAAGGAGACGGCUGAGCAGCAGUUUGAGCAGAGUGCCCGCAACUUCAUGGAGCAGACCCUGCAGCUGGGCGAGACCCUCCGUCCCAACGGCUACUGGGGUUUCUACGGCUUCCCCGAUUGCUACAACAACAACUUCGACAGCCUGCCCUACACCGGGACGUGCCCGGCAGUGGAGCAGCAGAGGAACAAGGAGCUGUGGUGGCUCUGGGAGAGCAGCCGGGCACUCUACCCCAGCAUCUACCUACCUCCCUGCUUCAACGGCACCAACAAGGCGCUCGCCUACGUCCGGCACCGCGUGGCCGAGGCUUUUGCCGUCCAGCGUGGCAUCCUUGAUGGCGGCAUUCCUGUCCUGCCCUACUCCCAGAUCACCUUCGACCACACCGUCGACUUUCUCUCCCAGGAGGACCUGAUGAACACCAUCGGGGAGAGUGCGGCUCAGGGCGCUGCUGGCAUCAUCCUCUGGGGCAGCCUCAACGACAGCAUGUCCAAGGAGAUGUGCCUGAGGCUGAAGGACUACGUGGACGGGCCCCUGGGCCACUACAUCGUCAACGUGACGGCCAGCGCCGAUCUGUGCAGCCGGAGCCUGUGCUCCGGCCAGGGCCGCUGCGUGCGCCAGGAGAACAAGCAGGGCUUCCUCCACCUCGAUGCCUUCCGCUUCACAAUCGACUUGCAAGCCGGCAAGCCCUGGCUGGUGGCCCAGAGCGUGGAGUCCGGUGACGAUGUCUCCCGCCUGGCCGAGGAGUUCAGCUGCCAGUGCUAUGACAAGUGGCAGGGACCCCGCUGCGACACCCAGGGCUUCGCCGAGUGACACCCCUCUCCCCCUCCCCCCUGCCAGGGACAACGGGGUGGGCAAGGUGACACCAUCCUGUGCCCCAGCACCCUCAGUGUGGGGUUGGGAACCCAAACACGAGGCUGCUAAUAAAACCGGUAGGCACCCACAA